GAGUUGUGAAAGCUUCAGAGUUCAGGAGUACUUCAAAAAUGUCGAGUUCGUUGGUUUCGCCGAAGAAGCGCGUCAAAUCCGAAGUGGAUGUGGAUGAUGAUUGUUGCGGGAUUUGCUACGCCGAGCGUGGGUUUUCGAUCGCGGGGGAAAUUGAUUGCUGCAACCACUACUUUUGCUUCGUUUGCAUCAUGGAAUGGGCUAAGCACGAGUCUCGGUGCCCAAUCUGUCGCCAGAGAUUCUCCAACGUUCGCAGGCUCCCUAUGCAUGGCGUCUUUUCUUCCUCUCGGGACGUUAAGGUUCCUCUUCGUGACCAGGUUUAUCAUCCUCAUGGAAAUAUGACAACUGGUCCUUCUGAUUCUUAUGCUGAAGUCAAAUGUAGUAUCUGCCAUGUUGGGACAGAUGAAAAUCUUCUUCUACUUUGUGAUCUUUGUGAUACUGCUUCACAUACAUAUUGCGCUGGUUUGGGCUUUACUAUUCCUGAAGGUGAUUGGUUUUGUCAUGAUUGUGCUAUUUCCCGGGAGACAUAUGCUAAUCAAGAAUCAGACAAACAAAACGUUGUGCCAACAGCUGAGCCAAGUGCGACCAUCUCUGAUAUUGUGAGAGUACCAAGCAGCCAGGUGGUUAGAAGACAAAGUGCAUCUCCUUUACAACAAAACCAGUCAUCUCCUGUUAUUCCUUUACCUGAUAGGGUGAGUAGAUUCAAAGGUAAAAAACCUGUGUCAGAUUUCCAACGUGUGCAGCGUAACGUACAAGCAUUUCGUGAAAAUUGGAAUUCUUUGAGAAGUGGUUCAUUACGGUUCCAUAGCAAUUCAGUUCAAUCUGGUGGCACAAAUAGUCAAAAACAAGAUUCUAGUUCCUCAUCACUUGGCAAAUUAGAUGAUUCACAUUCUAUGGCUUCAACAGGCCUUCAACAAUCCACUGUCCAAGGGGGUCCUUCUAGCAAUAUGUUGAAUGAGAGAGGCUUGAAAGAUAUUGACAAGGCUUGGAAAAUGAUGGACCGGGCAAAGACAAUGCAACAGACUCAUCAAAGAACUAGCAGCAUUCCACAGGCAGUGGAUAAUCCUUCAUGCAGUGGAGGAGCUAGAAAAGUACCGUUUGCACAUUGUAAUUACCCAGAAUUGAAAAAUCAACAGUCCAGAACAUUAAUCUUAAGGUACACUAGAAUGGAGAAGCAAUGUAAUUCUAGUCUCAGCAGGAAUUUGGAAAAUCACUGGUCUCCGAAGUUGGGAGAGAAAAAGCAAAGCAGGGUUCCAUGUGAGGAAGAGAUGAUACAGCAUGUGAGGGACCACACCACUCAUUCAGAAGGUUACUGUGAACGUCCACUGCUCAGAAAGGUUCAUGCUGGGAUCCAGGGUUUUCCCUGUCGUGAAGAUGGAGAGAGAAAUGUUGCCAAGGAACAAAGCCGGUCGGCUUGCUUAGUAACUUCAGUAGGUUCAGCUCCCUCUCAUGGCAAGUUUGGUAGUGUGUUAACCUCUAAUGGGGAUAUGGAUAUUAUAAAUGAAAAAAAUAGGUUGGCUAAAAGCUUUGGGGAUGGGAACCCAAGCAAAAUUGAAGAUGCAAAAACCGAGAUCCAGUCUCUUGUUAAACUGAAUCUGAAGUUCUUAACUAGAGAUAAACAAUUAGCUGUUCGCGAUGCAGGUGUCAAUACCUUCAAGGCAGUUGCAAGGCAGGCUACCCAUACCAUCUUAGCUGCUUGCAGUUCGGAGCAGCCCUCAAGCUCGGUAUGCAGCCAUACUGACCAUACUCAGUUUCCGAAAUCUACCUUAAUGCCUAAUUGUUGCCGACAAUGCUUUCAUGCUUUUGUAAACAAUGUUGUCAAUUCCAUCGUGUUGGAGAAAGUGGGUUGUGCUUAAUCUAUGUUAUGCUUUCUUUCUUUUUGGUUACGAAGGAAGGCACUAGCCCAGCAAAACAAAAAAAUUACUCAGAACAUAAAACAUCUACUUCUCCCCUGUUGUUGUACAACAGCACCUCUAUAGAAUAAAAAUUUGGGUUACUCAUUAUCUUAGACAAUCACAUUGUAAAUUUUUUGUUAGAGGUAAAAGAUGGCAAUGUAACUUUUUAUUGUAUUAUAUUGAAAAUUAGAUUAUCGUU